UGAAGAGGAUGAAGGCCACAGACAGCAGCGUCAGCACCGCCCCGAACACCUCCAGCACCCCGCCGCUCCUCCUUCCUCCAUCUGCCGUCAACAGAGGCAACAAGAGAUGAGGCUCUAUAACUACACGGAAACAUUCUUGUGUCGCUGUGACAUACCAACUGGUUUUCUUCUGCCUUUGUGCUCUUUCACUCGGCUGAGGCACCCACAUGUGUUGAGCACUGACCUCCCUCACCCACCAGACUUCAGCGAACAAAAUCCACCAUCAGCACCACAUCUGGACAUCUAUGGCGCCUGUGCUGAAGCUCAGGGGGGGUGCAGAGCCACUGUUCUCAGACGUUUAUCUGUGCUGAGAAAGCAGAAGGUGGUGAGACGUGCGGUGGAUGCCUGUCCGUUGCAGUCUCUCGUCACCAUGGCAGCAGCUCUGCCGGUCUGUUACCACGGCGCCAUCAGCAGGAAGGAGUGUGAGGAUCUGCUGGGAAAGAAGAACAAGGACGGAGCCUACCUGAUCCGGGACAGCGAGACCAUCCAGGGGGCCAUGUGUCUGUGUGUUUAUAAACAGAAGGUGGUGUAUACCUACAGACUGCUGCAGACACACACUGGACACUAUACUGUCACGACCGCAGGAGGUUUGGAGGAGACAUUUUUUAAGACUCUGGACGAUCUGAUCCGUCACUAUAAACGGAGGAACCAGGGCCUCGCCAUGCACCUGCGCCACUCGGUCAAAAGGAAGACGGCCAUGUUGAUCCAUCCCCGUAGACCACCUGAACAGGAGCCGCAGAGUAUGGAGGUGUCUUUACCCGAAGCGGACCAUGACUAUGAGAAUGCUCCUGACUCGUCUGAAUACGUCGAAGUCUUGCCACCCUGAACAAAUCUGACUUUGACAUUUGGCAUCAAAUGCAUGAGGAGGGUGACAAAAACUCUGGACUGUGGACACGUAAAAGAGGACGACAGGUUUACAGACUGAAUCCAGUUCAGAAUAGGAACAAAUGGACAGAUGCUGAAGAUCUUCAUCUGGUUGUACUCCGGCAACAACAAGUUGUUGUUGUUGGAAAAAUGUGAAGCCUUUUGCUGACAAGGCACAACUCAGGGUUUUAUCAAAUUAGUAAUUGAGUCUUAAACUCUUGAUAAAUGGCACUUUUUCUAUCUAUAUACAUAUACAUACAUAUACAUAUAUAUACAUAUAUAUUUAUAUAUAUACACACACACACAAUUUUAAGUGGGCAAUUCAUUAACACCUUUCAAGCAAAAAUGAUGGCAACUAUAAGAAGAUGUUUAAAACCUAAGCAUGAAAGUUGGAUAUGCUGGUUUGCCUUUUGAAAGAGCAUAAGUACAAUAUUUAAGGUUAUAGCAUUUCAAACAUGUGGCAUUAGCAUCGGGAGUGUGGCUACAAUUGAUAAAAUGAGACGUCAGACAUCCUAAAAUCAGAUUUGAACUCUGAUAUUCUGGUGAAUAAGCGGGAUCUGAUUUUAUUGUCCCGUCGUGAGAAAUCUGUCUGCUGUGUUUCGUCUACAUGUUCCGUCCUCUGCUCUUCCUCCUCUCUCGUCAACUUUUAAUGAACAUUAAAGGUUAAACAGAAAACAAAGACAAGCCGGACGCACUCGUUCGGUUGCGGUGUGAACACACUCUUCACUCUUUGAACUUGACAAGAACGAUAAUUCAGUUCUCUGAAAUUGGAGAAGAAGAAUUAUCAGAUCUACUUUCUUUUCUUCUGAGUGACUGUGCAUUAAUAUGAAUGCAGCAUAAAUAUGUGGCUUUGACUUCUGGUCUGGCUGUGCAGCCUCCCAAGGCUGGUGUUACUUUAUUCUUGCCACAGUUAAGAAGGUACUCUGUAGCUAAUGCCCCAUCGUCUGUGCUUUUGUUUCAGUUUAUUUAUACAGUAAAGAAAAUAAAACACAUUUCACAUUUAUUUCUAUCACUGCAGACAUCAAGAAUGGGCCAAAUAUUUGAUAUAAAUGGAUUUUCUUUGCUUUUAUUUAGCCAUCAACGCCUUCCUUACUUCCUGUAAAGUAUUAAUCUGGAGCAUUUAAUAUAUCUGAUUAAAAUUUCUCUUUUGCAGACACAAGAAACUGGAAACUCUAUGAGUGUCCAUCAUUUCCUUUCUCUGGACUGUGAUGUUAAAAAUGACCCAAGAAGCUCAUACAGCUCAGACUUGAAAGAUGUGUGGUACUGUACCAGACCACUUUUAUACAUUUUUGUGUGUACGGAUGAGCACAUCAUCACACAUCCUGUGUUUGUUCUCACACCCCUCUAUUACAAGCUUCUCACCAGCAUUUUUAUGGCCUUUAUGCAUAGUAUUUAAGAACAAGGGCAUCAUUUUUUUCACUUUCUUUUUUGUUGUUGCACAUUUGAAGCGAGUGCAUGAUGCAUGUCUAUUGUCUCUUGAUCUUGAUUCUUUCAAUUUCUGACCAAGCUAGUGCAGAGGAAAUCAACAGACACAUAAAAAAAAGUCAGUGGUGGGUUUUAGACUACAUAGGGUCUAACCACAAUUUCCACCUACAAAUACAAGUAACUAAAACAGCACAAACACACACUCACAUGCAUGCACCCACCAUCAGUCAAAGCCUUGAGUCUUGAGACUAAAUUGUGGAAUGUGUGAUUACCACGACUGACAUCACUGUCUGAAUCCAUUAAGAUUUGAGGCCUGUCCUCAUUAGCAUCAUCAUGCUGCUGUUUGGGAAACUCUUAUUUGAUUGGCAGGUAUUAACGAAAAUGUAGUAUUGGUUGGUCUUUUGGUCUCAAUCCCAACACAACAAACAAGCACACAGCAGCCCCGACAGCACAUGUAUUUUUGUGAAAUGUAUAAUGUUAUGUUUAUGUGCCGGACAUGCUGAUGUGUUCUUACCUGCUACUGUUGCUGAACUGGACGGCGUCAUACAAAAACAUUUUUCUAAUAUUCUGUUCCCCUCGUGCUUGUGAACAGGAUGGACAAAACAUGAACACAUUAAUGCAGUACAGCACAACAAAACCAUAACCACAGAUUGACACGCUGAGUCGUCUAAAGACAGAGCUCUUGUAUUGUAUUGCAAACUGUAGGUGAACCAAAUAAAAUCUGUGUAAACUACCUAAAAUGAGUCAACAAUUAACAAAUAGGAAAACAGCAUUACACCAAUAAAGCAUACAACUUUGCAAAUCAGAAAUAUCUGAAACUCUUACCUUUAAGUCUUAAAUACUGACUGAAAACAGCCUCUACAUUUUUUUUUACUUAAUUUGAUUUACUUUAAUUUAACUCAAUUAAAAUUUUAAUCAUAUUAAAAUUAUUGUACUUUUCCAAGGGAACUGCAACGGCUGGUUCUUGCUCCUCCCACUCAGGUUACGUGUUUUCUCGCGUGGCCUUGCC